UAAGGCAGCAAUUUAUUAUUUCCGAAGGCACAGCAGCCGCAGUUUCCUCGCUCGGUUUCACACAUACACCGAGAAUCUCUAAAGAAGUCAAUGAUGAAGCUGACCCCAACCCCGUCCGACGGCCCCCAUUCCCCUUCCCUCUCCCUCCCUUCUCUCCAUCGCCGCUACCUCCACCCUCCCUACCCAAGGGCGGGGAUGUCGUCAUCGUCGUCUUCCUCGCAAACGGAGAAGGCUGCCGGUGCCUCGCCCUCCGUCCCUCCCCUCCCGACCAACCGAAUCGUGUUGGGUUGCGGGGCAGCCUCGUUGGAUUACUUGGCUACGGUCGCCGCCUUCCCGAAGCCUGAUGACAAGAUUCGUAGCACGAGCUUGAAGGUAGAAGGAGGUGGAAAUACAGGGAAUGCUUUAACUUGUGCAGCUCGUCUGGGCUUGCAACCUAGGAUAAUCUCUAAGGUGGCUAAUGAUGCACAAGGUAGAAAAGCGCUUGCAGAACUUGAAGCUGAUGGAGUUGAUACUUCCUAUAUGGUGGUUUCAGAGAACGGAAAUUCACCAUUUACCUAUGUAAUAGUCGACAACCAAACGAAAACUCGUACUUGUAUUUUCACACCUGGAUACCCUGAAAUGGUGCCAGAAGAUCUUUCCAAGUCUAGCUUAUGUUCUGCUUUAGAUGGUGCAAGCCUUGUAUACUUUGAUGGAAGAUUUCAUGAAACUGCUUUAGUGGUUGCAGAAGAGGCAAGCCGAAGGAAAAUUCCUAUUUUCAUUGAUGCAGAAAGAAAAAGGGAGGGGCUGGAUGAUCUUCUUAACUUGGCAACUUACCUUGUAUGCUCAGAAAAAUUUCCUCAGGCAUGGACAACUGCACCAUCUAUUCCCAGUGCACUAGUGUCCAUUCUUAUGAGAGUACCUAAUAUCAAAUUUGUGAUUGUGACCCUUGGAGAAAAAGGUUGUAUAAUGCUUGAGAGAAGCAUAAAUGAGGCUUCUGAGAUGGAGGAAACAAAUGUUGGGAGUUUACUUGAGUCGCUGAGGCAGAAAGUUGAUAGGAAUGCUACCGUCCCAACAUGUAUUUCUUCCAAGUCAAGCCUGAGAGUUAGUGCUGAUGGAGUAGGUGCAUUAAGUGGGAGGUUACUUGUGUGUACAGCAGAGGUGGUACCUCCUUUGGAGCUAAUUGACACCACUGGUGCUGGAGAUGCAUUCAUCGGAGCAGUUCUCUACGCUUUAUGUGCAGGCAUGCCUCCUGAGAAGAUGCUGCCUUUUGCCUCCCAAGUGGCGGCUGCUGGAUGUAGGGCUUUGGGUGCUCGGAGUGGUUUACCAAGGCGCACAGACCCACGGUUGUCCCCAUUUUGGCACUAGACUUUGUCAGUACCAGUCUCAGGACAUGGAAAUAAACGAAGGCACUCCUACUGGUGUAAUAUAAGCUGCGCAUAUCUGUGUUGCUUCCUGAAUAGCAUGAGACGGUUUGUCAUUCGAUCAUUUCAGAUCCAAAGAGCAGAGAAUAUGAUAAUUAAACAUUAUUUGGGGAUGAGCUCGGGGAUUCUCUCUUGAUGGGCUAUGCUUUCUAGGUUUCAAGUUAUCAUAUAUCAUUUCUGAUAUUUAGUACUCUCAUUAUGAAAUACAAACCAGAUACACAAGAAUUGUAAAAGCUUUUGUUCAGAUCUCUGUGAGAUAUCUUUAUUGCAUUCAGCC